AUGUUUUGGGAUCCAUGCGAUCAAAAUUUCCCUGGUGCUCCAACAUUUUUGCCAGUUGUGCAAUUUGCGGAGCAGCAUCCUGGUGGGCUUGGAGUUCCUGCUGUUGGCAUGGCGUUACCUAUUUUGGCUGGUGCUGCUGGGGCUUUUGGCUGCUUCACCUUAUAUCACAAUGGAUGGUGCUUAUCAUGCUAUGCCAUCUGGCCAGACCUCUGCAUUGCCUCCUACAAGCUAUCAUGGCAACCUUCAACAGUAGUUUUGGACAGGCACCUUCUUGCAAAAGAUAUCACGUACGUGUUCUUCUGCUGCUAUUGUGGAUUCGGGAACAUCCAUGCUUACUGGUCCAACUGUAUGUAUCUCACGUGA